CCCAUUAUCAUCAAGUUUACGUCUUCAUGACCUCCCCUGCUCCAUCCUAAGCAUUUUUUAGCGCAAAAAUUUGCUGCCAUAAUUUAAUUGCCUUUCCUCCCAGUAGGCAAAACCGCUCUUUAAUGAUAGUUGCUUUUUUGGCUUUUGAUUUCAGAUAUUUGAACUACGUUCUUUUGUGUAUCGUUGUGUUGUAUAGUGUUUUACCAGAUUUUAUGGUAAUAGAGAUGCCGCAAGCCAGUAAAGUAGUAUUGGUGACUGGUGGAGCGGGGUAUGUUGGUUCUCACGCUGUGUUAUCACUACUCGAGCAUGGGUAUCAGGUGGUGGUUGUAGACAAUUUUAUUAACGCAUGUAAAGCCAAAAACUCGCCCAAACCAGUCUCCUUGUUAAGGGUGGAAGAACUCGCCGGAAAAGGAACAACUUUCUAUAAUGUCGACCUACUUAAUCGUGAAGCACUUACCGAAGUGUUUCGAAAACAUCAAAUCGAAUGUGUCAUUCACUUUGCAGCAUUGAAGGCAGUUGGAGAAUCGUGUCAAAUACCACUGACCUAUUAUCAGAACAAUGUAUCCGGAUCAAUCAUUCUUUUAGAGGUCAUGAAAGCACACAAUGUUAGGAGAUUUAUCUACUCUUCUUCAUCCACUGUCUAUGGAACACCUGAAUUUCUCCCAUUCACGGAGGCACAUCCAACUGGACGGAACUGCACUAACCCAUAUGGAAAGUCAAAGUACUUUGUAGAAGAGAUUAUGAAAGACCUUGCAGCCUCUGACCCGAGCUGGUCAAUUGUGUCCCUUCGUUACUUCAACCCUGUUGGUGCUCAUGAAUCUGGUCAAAUUGGUGAAGACCCUGUGGGUAUUCCCAAUAAUCUAAUGCCUUACAUUGCUCAAGUUGCGACCGGCAGAAUUGCCAGCCUCCAAGUUUUUGGAAAUGAUUAUGACACAAUUGACGGCACAGGUGUUCGGGAUUAUAUCCAUAUUGUUGAUCUUGCUGUCGGCCAUGUCAGUGCCUUAGAAAAAUUGUUGAGCAACGAUGCCCUAGGAUUUAAAGUUUACAAUCUAGGAACUGGAACAGGAUACUCUGUUCUCCAGGUUGUGAAAGCAUUUGAAGAAGCUUCAAAUAAAACGAUCCCCUAUAAAAUUGUCCCCAGACGUCCCGGUGAUAUUGCCAGCUCGUACUGUGAUGCAUCUCUUGCCAAAAAAGAGCUAGGCUGGGAAGCAAAAUUCGGUCUCAAAAAAAUGUGUGAGGACAUGUGGAAAUGGCAAUCGCAAAAUCCUAAAGGCUACGAAUCCUAGUCGCUACUGUCUCAUAGAAAUAAAUGCUACUGAAUCAACAUGAGAACUGUUUGAAAAGUCAUGUAUAGUUUAGCUGGUUCUUAAUUUUACUUCAUUAUUUCGUACUCAAAUUUUUGGUCAAGAACUUGAAAACUUCAAAAUUUGAUUUGUUGAUGUGAAUAGUGAUGACUUUAAAAGUACUGAAAGUCGAUUACUGUGAUUGUGACAUUUCAGGCAAAAGUAGCUUUAAUGGUUUGAAAAUGAAUCAUACACUUUCUUGUUACCUGGUAGAUAAAACAAGUGAAGUGUGGAGAAUCAAUAGCCGCAACUUCAUUUCGCUGUCGAGAAAUUUAGCAGAUAUUUUAAUUUAAUAAAAGGAGUAACCAAUAUGACUUCUAGUGUAAAAUGUUGUGAUAAUUUUUUUAAUAAUAUUUAGAAAAUUCGUGAAAAAGUUAGCGAACAGAGGCUCUGAUGCUCUCUCUUCAGCAAAUUAAAAUGAUUGACAAAUUUUUAGGCAGCAGAAUGAAUUCUUCGACGAGAUUUGAUCCUCAAUGCCUCAAGUAUAGGUGUCCUACUGAACUACUAGACAAUAAUUAAUUUAUCUUGACGGAACGUAAUCUUAGCAUGAAGUUUAGUCAGUUCCUGAUUAUUCUUUAUAAAUUACAGUGUGGUCUUUUUGAAAAAAAUUAGGUUGAGUUUAGAUUACCCUGCCUCCAGGUGAUGUGAGGAAUUUCUAAAAUUUGCUUUAGAGCUUAGCAGAGCCUACCGAGAGGAAGAGAAAAUAAGUUUUCCGCUAUUACCAUUGGAAGUAAAUUAUCACUAAUUUAUGGUCAGUCGGCUGUCUGUCACCCUAUCUUCUAAACCAAACAUGGAGUAUAUCUCAAACGGUGCCAUAACUUAAACCGGUCAAUCUAAAUAAAUAACUAAAUUGUGACAAAAUCUUCUGUAAUCAAUCACGUGAAAAACUGAAAAAAUUGCGAACAUUUUUUUCUGUCUAGCCACUCAAACUCUUUACCUCUUGUCAAUCUUAAAAUCAUCAACUCCUGAUUUUACAAUUCCAAGUUGAUCAUUUGAAAUUAGUCUUAAAACUUUGUAUAGAUGUAAGAGUAGUCAGUCUCAGUUCCAAAGAAGAACAGAAUCUAAUGUGGCUCCCAAUUACUGUGCCAUUGUGUUUUUAGCACAACUUAUCUCCUUUUUUCUUGUUAUUUUGGAAGUAUGUUAAGGCAGUAGUUAACUUAAAAUCGGCACUGACAGCCUAAAGAAACUUUGCUUUCAUUUUUACUGUGAUUUAAUGUUAUUUUUGUUAUUGAAAGAUCCAAACAACCCGGUGUCGUUAAGUUUACCCAUCAUUUUAUCAACUCCCCCCCCCCCCC